ACGCCUGUGGAGCAGCAGUGGUUGAAGCAACAAUUUCCUCUAGCCCCAAGACUUCCAGGGAGCCAAGAAAGAGUCCCCCAAUUCCCCAUCACAGUCAUGGACAGUCUCUUAAUGAAUCAAAGGAAAUUCCUCUACCACUUCAAAAAUGUAAGAUGGGCUAAGGGUCGUCAUGAAACCUACCUGUGCUUUGUCGUGAAACGUCGGGAUAGUGCUACCUCCUUUUCACUGGACUUUGGUUACCUUCGCAACAAGAAUGGCUGCCAUGUAGAAUUGCUCUUCCUUCAAUACAUCUCUGCCUGGGACCUUGAUCCUAGUAGAUGCUAUAGGGUAACAUGGUUCACUUCAUGGAGUCCCUGCUAUGAUUGUGCCCGGCAUGUAGCCAACUUCCUUCGCUGCUAUCCUAAUCUAAGUCUUCGAAUCUUCACUGCCCGUCUCUACUUCUGUGAAGACAAGAAAGCUGAGCCAGAGGGACUUCGACGUUUGCACCAGGCUGGAGUCCCAAUUGCUAUCAUGACUUUCAAAGAUUAUUUUUACUGCUGGAACACCUUUGUGGAAAACAGAGAGAGGACCUUUAAAGCCUGGGAAGGAUUACAUGAAAACUCUGUUCGUUUGUCUCGACAACUCAGGCGUAUCCUCUUGCCACUCUAUGAGAUUGAUGACUUAAGAGAUGCCUUCCGUACUCUGGGACUUUGAUACCAGCUUUAAUAUGAUCACACAGAGUGAUAAUAACUCUAGAGACAAUGAACCUUCUUUCCUUCAACCUCUCCUUUCUAUACCUAAAUUGGCACUUUUAAUUCCAUUUUCUUCUUUCCCCCCUAUUUUUAAAAAAUUCUUUAUAAUGUUUUGAAAAAAGAAUAGAUAAUAUACUUCCUGCUCAGGACCAUCCCUAUUUCUCCUUCUUCCUCAACCCUGUUCCUUACAAUAGCUCCUUCUAGAAGAUGCUUGAACUGGUAAAUGAAUUCACCCACCAAGAAUCUAUUACCCUGAUAACAACAGCUUUGGGAAAUGAUGAAGUGAUGAAGAAUGAGAACAUUCUUAACAUUCUCCACCCUGGAUCUUCCAGCUAGUAUAAUUUUUCAUAAUUUGUUCCAGUUGAAUUUUCAGUGAUCUCACUGAUGUUCCUUCUAACCUUUUGCCUUGAUAACAUGAUUCAAAUUUGAAUUAAGGCAGAAUGCUGUUGGGACACUCCUUUUCCAGACUCUGGUUUAUGCAGUCUCUCUAUGAGGAAGGUUGAAUAACUCUAACCUUAAACCUUAUUUUCAAAGCAUUAAUAUCUGUGCAGUGCUGUAUUUUAGCUUUGUCUAAUGCAUAUGUUUAUGUUUGUAAAUAAAGUACUUUUGUGUAUGGGAUGCACUUAGUACUUCCCUG